AUGACGUUGGCUAAUGCAAAAGUGACAUAUGAGGGAUGGAACGGAACAUACCCAGCGCCGGAUGGAGCCGAAAUUAUCUUCACCUGUGAACUAGGAUUCACAGACGAGAAAAGGAAACAUCAUGCAACCUGUUCUACAUCUGACUUCUGGUGCACCUCCUUUGACGUUCAUGGUGUGACAUGUCCUGAACCAGUGGCAUGGAAAUUACCUGUGGCUCUUUCGAAAGUGUACCCAGAUUGCCGGAAAACAGAGAAAGGAAAGGAAUACGUAGGCAGAAGGAACAAGACUGCAACAGGGAAAAACUGCCUGCGAUGGGAUUCAAAGCCCUAUGGGAAACCCAAUGAUUUUGAAAUCAAUAUGUUAUACGAGGAGCAUUUCCUCAACGAGGAUCCAGGAUCCCAUGAGAACUACUGCAGGAAUCCCACGUUGAAAGAAAAACCUUGGUGCUUCGUCUCUGAGCCUGACAUCCAGUGGGAAUACUGUGAUAUCCCAUUUUGCGAGGACAGAGUACCCCUGGAGUGUAAACUGACGCAAAAGGGAGGAGAGUAUAUGGGGAAAAAGAACAGGACCAUCUCUGGUUUGUCGUGCAAGCCAUGGCUGAAAGUGCCACGUUCCUUCCAAUAUCGCAAGUGGAGCUCGAGACGACCUGCAUUCUCGGACGACGUGGAUGCGGAGCACAAUUAUUGCAGGAAUGCUGGGGGUCGCCCUGGGGGGCCUUGGUGCUACAAUGGAGACCCUGCCAUCCCAGGAAUCGAAUGGCAGUACUGCGACGUCCCCUUUUGUUCACUUCCAAAGACAGAAUUGAAUGAAAAGAGAGGGAAUGAAGAGAUUUAUCCAAAUUGUCGGAAGACGAAAAUGGGGAAGGAAUACAUGGGUAUCAUCAAUACAAGCGAGACAGGGAAGCGCUGCAUGGAAUGGGAUUCAUUCCGAUAUAUUGAAACAUUCCCAGACAUAAUGGUGAAGCAUCUGCCUCUAACAACCGACAAAAAGAAGGUGACAUGUAAUCACCGACACCUAAUGGCAUUGGCAGUUCCAUUGGAGUGUACAGUGACGGGUGGGGGAGGAGAAUACCUGGGAAGAAAGAACGUGACGAAGUCAGGGAAACCUUGCCAGCCUUGGUUGAGCAGAAUCCCGGAGGACAGCAAAAUUGACAUCCUCCUCUCCAAAUUUCCAGAUCCUAUUGACAGCACUCACAACUUUUGUCGGUCCCCAUACUUUUUCUCAAUGGAAGGUCCAUGGUGCUGGGUUUCCACACCUUCGGGAAUUCACGUUCAAGAGGAUUGCGACAUCCCCAUCUGCUACAAACUUCUGCUAGAAUCCCUUAGCAACACGUAUAAUUAUCGUUACCAUACAUUUGGAGAAAUCUUCAGUCUUGACAAAAAUUACUGUCGGAACCCGGGAUUCAAGGAUAGGCCGUGGUGCUACGUCAUCGACCCAAAUAUGACAUGGGAAUACUGUGAUAUCCCGUUCUGCGACGACAGAGCUCAAGCGGAGUGCAAGUUCACCGAGUGCGGUGCGGACUAUGCAGGAACCAAGAACGUCACACAAUCGGGGAUCGCAUGUGAAGGGUGGGGCGACAUCAAAAGAAGGGAGGAGAAGUGGCAACCCUGGAAGAAAAACGAAGGCCUUGGGCUUGAAAUUGAUCAUAAUUUCUGUCAAGGAAAGUGUAUAGCGUAUACCAUCGACCCCGAGGAACGAGAUACCAGGUGGUUAAAAAUGGGUCCCUCCUGCUACAGCGGGCAAGAAUUGCUAUUUUGUGACGUUCCUUUCUGCCCCUUGAAACUGCGACCAAAAGCUAAUCCUCCAGAGUAA